AUGGAUCAGUCGUUCGAGCUCGCCGACUCCACCGAUUGGUUGGAAACGCCACUUUCAUUACUCGCGCCGUUCGAAUCCUCACUACGAUGUCAAGUCUGCAAAGACUUCUUUGAUAACCCCGUUAUAACGUCCUGCAGUCACACAUUUUGCUCGUUGUGUAUUCGCCGUUGCCUCAGCGCCGAAGGCAAAUGUCCGGCUUGUCGGAGCUCCGACCAGGAGCUCAAACUUCGUCGUAAUUGGGCAGUGCAGGAACUCGUCGACGCGUUCAAAUUGGCACGACCUGGUGUACUCGACCUUGCAAGAAGAGAAAAAACUCGCCUUGCUAGUGGGCAAGAAAAAAUAGAGAAACCGGCCCGAAAGAAGCGGAAGGUCGAUCAGGUGGAAGAGGAGCAGCUACAGGUCCCAGAAACAAGUUCGCCAGGCCGACGAACUCGCUCUCAAAGAUCCAUAAACAGCUCGGCAGAAGAGCAGACUGUUCCUCAGAUCGUACCCGAGGUCAUUGAUGAUAGUCAGGACGAUGAAGAAUAUAUGCCCGAAGAUGGGUUGGUUGCUUGCCCAAUAUGCCAUCGAAAAAUGAAGGAAGAGGCAGUGUUUCCGCACCUGAAUAUACACCAACAGGAAGAAGAGGCACCCAAGAAGACCCCUACAAAGCCAGCGUCUUUCGGCUCAUUAAAAGACGCAUCCCAAAAAGGCCUUACCCUCCCCAGCAAACAGCCCGAGCGGCUUCCGGCCAUAAACUACUCCAUAUUAAAGGAUAACGCAUUGCGGAAGAAGCUCCGUGAUCUUGGAAUACCGGACUGGGGACAAAAACAGUUGUUGCAGAGACGUCACACGGAAUGGAUGAACUUGUGGAAUGCAAAUUGCGACUCCAAACACCCCAAGUCUAAGCGGAUGUUGCUCCAAGAACUGGAAAUUUGGGAACGCACACAGGGUGGUCAUGCGACGGCGCCGUCGCCAUUCACCACUUCCAGUAAUGUGAUGCGCAAGGACUUCGAUGCCAAGGAGUGGUCAAAUAACCACGAUGAAGAUUUCAAGCGUUUGAUCGCGAAUGCGCGGAAAAAAAGUGAGGCCCAGGCACGUUCAACCAUCCCUGUAGAAACUUCAUCUCCGUCUGGGAAUAGGCAACCACAACCCAAGCCCCAGGGUGCUGGAUUACCAGUGAAUGGUGGAGGCGUUGAGUUUGGCCCAGAUACCGAUGCCAAUCAUGUCAUCGACCUAUCCGGGUGA